UUCUGGUUCACUAUGCGACGCCGUUCUCUUCUUGUAGAGUCCACUACUUAGAUGAAAGCGACGUCGGAUGGGCAGCCUCUUCUUCGUCUUCAACACAGGUGAAAGGAAGCCUGAGUUGACUCUGCAUCUUCAAGCUCUGCAUCUAUGGCUGCCAACAGCAUCACUCCUUCACACCAGUUCCUCGGGAACUGCAUUUCUUUUCUGUCGUCGGGGAGUUCGAACAACGCGAGCGAUUCCGACUCGGCGGAAUCGGCGAGUCGUGGGGCGAUUCCGUGGCCGGCGAGUUGGAAGAACCCGUGUUCGGAGGCGGCGGAGAGUACUAGUUCGGUGGCGUUGGAGUCGGAGAGAGUGAUGAUUGGGGGAGGGAUCGGUGGCGCGGCGGCGGGGGCGGCGGCGGAGGAGGGCGGCGAGGGGCGGAGGCGAGCGGGGAGGGAGAGGGAUGGUGGGAGGCGGGUGAGGAGGCGGGAGAGGGUGUCGGCUGCCAUGGAGGCGGAAGCGGUGAGGUGGUGGUGGUGAUUGUGGCUGUGAUUGGGUUGUGCUGAAG